AUGGAGAGUUGGUUCUCAUCUUCAACCUCACCCAGCGACGAUCAGCAGAAACCAGCUUCCUCUUCUUCUUCAUCUUCCUUGCUUGCAGAUUGGAACUCAUACGCUACAUCUCAACAGGAGCAAGACCCUUCCAAUUCCGCCAUCAGCUUCGAUCUGGAAUCCGCUGUUAGAUCUGCUAACAACACUGUCACUGGCACUUUCAGCGUGGUUUCUAAAAGUGUGAGAGAUAUACCUGGAAACUUCUCAUCUGCGACUAGCAAUGUUCCUUCUGGAAAAGCUCUCCUGUAUUUUGGUUUAUUUCUAGCCAGCGGUGUCUUCUUCAUUUUCAUUGCAUUUACCUUGUUCCUGCCUAUCAUGGUGGUUAUGCCCCAAAAGUUUGCUAUAUGCUUUACGCUUGGGUGUGGGUUUAUUAUCGGGUCGUUCUUUGCUCUAAAAGGGCCAAAGAAUCAGCUUUCUCACAUGAUUUCGAAGGAGAGGCUCCCAUUCACACUGGGGUUUUUAUGCAGUAUGGUUGGCACCAUUUACGUAUCUAUGGUGUUACAUAGCUACAUUCUCUCUGUUGUAUUCUCUGUUGUACAGGUUCUUUCACUUGGAUACUAUGCUAUAUCAUAUUUUCCUGGUGGAUCUGCUGGAAUGAGAUUUCUCACUUCUGCUUUAACAUCCAGAAUAAUGACUUGUUUUGGGAGGUGA